GUGAUAAUGCACUGGGCAUGUGCAAAGAUAAUAGCUUCUUUAGCAAUUCCUGAUAUCACUCUUCUUGAAAUUUUACUUGAUAAGUUAAAAAUAUACAGAAGUAUAUCUUAUGCAGCAGUUGCUGCUCAUGCAGAUAAGAGUGGCAGAUGUAAAUUGGCUGCUAUGCUUGUUGAACAUGAACCACGUUCUUCCAAUCAUUUUGUAAGAGAUUUUGAUCAUUGUCUCAAGUUCCUCUACUACUAAGCAUUGGGGAGGAGGAUACAGCUCUAACAAAGGCAACUGAAAGUUGUGAUACCGACCUUUUCUAUCUUGUCCUAUUUAAUAUCUGGCAGAAGGUAUCACUUGUGAUAUACACUUAUUUUAAGUA